AUGCGAAGAAGCACAUUAGAAAUGCCAACGUUUUCUGUCAUGUAUAAAGGAGCAGUGCUGUUGAGCAGGACAUUAAUGGGACCGCAUGGAGUCGAUCGAGCCGUUUACUCUAUGGACUUUGCAGACUGUGAAAAUGGACUUGGAAUCAAAGUGAUUGGAGGGGUGAAGGAACAAACGGGAGAGGACUUCGGAGUCUACGUGAAAAGGAUUUUACCUGGUGGCCUGGCUGCAAGUGAUGGACAUCUUCAGCCAGGGGACCAGAUCCUGGACGUGAACGGGGAGAGUUUGGUAGGAGUCACCCGUGAAAGGGCCGUGGACAUCCUCAGAGCCGCCUCCUCAACCAAUCACAUGAGGCUUCUAGUUGCCAGAGAUGAAGAAGCAAGGAGAGAAUUUGCAGAGCUGUUGGAGAAAUGUGGAUCCACCAGGAGCUCUCCCACCCAGCAUGAAAAAACAGGCAGGUGUGUGGACAGCACAUCAUCCGCAUCUUCGUCCAGGUCCCAGAGUCCCCUGCUGCUGAGUCCCGCUGGCCCUCAGGGUGCCUGCAAUGGCAAGGGGCCUUUACUGCGCUCUCUCAGUCACCCAGGGGAGGGCGUGAUUCAGCUCAUCUCAGUGGCUCACUCCUGCAGCCUGGGCAUCACCAUCGGCGGAGGCUCCAACCGGCCCGACGGCCCUGCCAUCUUCAUCCAGGAAGUGCUGUCUGGCGGUGACUGCCACAGGGAUGGACGACUGCGACCAGGAGAUCAGCUUAUUGCCAUCAACAAGGAGUCCCUUAUCGGAAUGACCCACGAAGAGGCCAAAAACCUGAUCCACAAAGUCAAAUUCAGCCCAGAGGGGAUGAUGGAGAUCGCGUUCAUCCCCGGAAAAGCCCCCUUUCCCAGCAGCACCUCGUUACACAACGGAGUACACAGAGGAUUGGGCAACGGCUACAGCUCCAGUCGUCUGAAAGUGCAUGUCCGGCCACCCGAGAUACGUCCGGAGAGACCAGCCUCACUGCCGUCACCCUCUCCAGACUUAUGUCCACCAGAUAUCCAUGUUUCGGGGUCCACUAGCUCACAGAAGACAGCACCAGCAGCCAAACCUAAGAUCUCCCUGGACCCACACAUCCGCCUCAAAUCAGACAAAAUGGAUUUGGCCCUCUCUUACCUGGGCCUGGAGGUCACAGAAGAGAAGAGACGGAAGCUGAGGCAGAGUCUGACGACAGACCUGCAGGGGACCGUGGCAUAUGGAGACUUUGUGGAAGCCGCCCGGGGGAUCUAUCCUGACGAGCUGGGGGAGGCAGGCCUUGCAGCCGGGCCCAUCAUGUUCUCCUAUCAUGAAGCGGCAAGUUUGAUGGACACCUCUGCCUUCCACUCCCCGACCUUUGAGUCAGAGAGCAGCUUCAGCAGUGAGGAGUUGGAGCAGCUGCAGCCAGAAGUGGCACAUCUGCAGCAGCAAAUGAAAGAGUUAAAGACAAUACUGAAGGACACAGAGCACAGCAAGAGCUCACUGGAGGUGGAGCUUCAGAAGACCACAGAGAAAGCCUCGGUCACGUCUGCGGAGAACCGGACGUUGAAGAGCAAGCUGCAGGUGGCGGAGGCCUUUCAGAAGGAGAACACCAGCGCCGAGCAGGACUACGAGGAGGUCAUCCAGCUGCUGGAGGCCGAGAUCCAGGACCUGAAGAACCAGCUGGCUGGGAAACAGGCCAAGAGCCUGGAGGUCUCAAAAGAGGAUAUCACUGAGCUCAACAGAAGACUGUGCUUCAUUGACUGCCAGCUGAGGAAAUCAGAAGUCAGCAGGAAACACCUGGAAAUGUCAAACAAAAAGCUUCUAGGUUUCGCCAAGAAUGUUCACAGAGUACUGUCCUCCACCACCUUAUUUGGAAUUGAGAGUGGGAGCGCUAAAAUAUCUCCGGGCACGGAUACUCCAGACACCCCGUCCCCUCUUCCUGACCCCACUGGACAACUGGCUGCUGAGGCCAAGGAGCUGGUGGACCAAGAGUGUUCCUUCAGUGCUGAGGAAGGUGAGGACCACUGA